GAAAAUGGGCUGUUAAUAAUUGCGACAUUGACUGUGGUUUGAGGUGACCGCAGUCAGGAUUUUGGAGACUUCUAACUCAAGAGGCGACUAGCUGAGGAGGCCGAGUUAGGGAAUGCAGCAUAAUGCCAAGCGGGAAAUCUUAUUUCAAUUGGUCCUAUGAACAAUACCCCUCUCAAAUUACAAUGGAUUGGAAGGGGGGGGGUUCAGCUCCUCCUCUGGAUAUACUGCAAACAAUGCUCCUCCUUUCCUGCUCUCUGAUUGGUGAAGAGUUUAUAUAUUUACACCAUCAACAUAUCAACACACACCACAACUUUCAAAUCUUUAGAAAAAAAGGUCUAGAGGAGAGUUUGGCCAGUGAUCUAGUUUGAAUAGUUAUCAAAGGAUAAUCGCAACAUCUUCAGCUUUCUUUAAUAAAAUAGAUUUUGAAAAACAAGGUUUUCUUGCUGGAAUGAAUAUAUCUGAGUCUAGUUAUCGUAGAGAGGAGAAUUCUCAGCCCAGGGGCGACUGUUCAUGGGUGGGAGCCCACAGCCCAGGCUGUGAUCCAGGGCUUGGGUUCGACCAGACACUAGUGGGAGAUCCAGGUUCUGCUGCUGCCGUUGAGAUCCAGACUGCCAGCCCUGAGUCCAGGUUUGGAUUAGAUACGACUCCAGGAAGCUUGGAGGGGAAAUCCAGAGAAGAAUCAAGGAUUCGGCGGCCCAUGAAUGCCUUCAUGGUCUGGGCUAAAGACGAAAGGAAACGUCUGGCUCUGCAAAACCCUGAUCUGCACAAUGCAGUCCUGAGCAAAAUGUUAGGGCAGUCCUGGAAAGCUUUGAGUUCGAUUGAAAAACGUCCAUUUGUGGAAGAAGCAGAGAGGCUGCGAGUCCAGCAUCUCCAGGAUCAUCCCAAUUACAAAUACCGCCCAAGGAGAAAGAAGCAAGCCAAGAAAAUCAAAAGGAUGGAGCCAAACCUUCUCCACAGCCUUUCCCAGACUUGUGGUGGUGAAAACUUCAGUAUGAAUCACCACAAUGGGAGCCACCACCAACUGCCUCCGCUUACCCACUUCAGAGACCUUCAUCCCAUGGGCUCUGAGCUUGAGAGCUAUGGGCUGCCAACCCCUGAGAUGUCUCCUCUGGACGUGCUGGAGGAGAGUGACCCAGUCUUCUUCCCGCCCCACAUGCAUGAAGACUUGAACCUGGUGCCAUGGAUUAACUACCACAACCACAACCACCACCAACACCACCACCACCACCCACAACACCACUCCCAGAAAUCAUCAGAGUGCCAUCAAGAGAAGGCACACAUUACGAGAGCUGAAGGGACGCACAUCUCCUUCUCCCCGAGCCCUGAUGUCAUGAAGAACCCUCACACUCGCAGUGUCUACUACAACCAGUUAUAUUCAGGAGCCCAGCCCAGUUUCUCAGGCCAUCUUGGCCAGCUUUCUCCUCCACCAGAGGCUCACCAGGUGGACAAUGUGGAGCACUCGGAGUUCUGGACGGAAAUGGACCGCAAUGAGUUUGACCAGUACCUCAACAUGAGCAGGACUCGUCUUGAUGGGCUGGGACAGACGUACAACGUCUCUUUGUCCAAGGUGACUCCUAGACAUGUAUCUUGCGAGGAGAGCCCUUUGAUAUCAGCUUUGUCAGAUGCCAGUAAUGCUGUGUACUACAGCACUUGCAUCACAGGGUAAAUUGCAAUGUGUGGUUAUUGGAAAAAAAAAAAAAAGGUCUAUAAUGUAUGUCAUAUAGUAAACAUAAAUCGAAAGAUAACCCAAUAAAAAAUACAUUCACU